AUGGUGACGAUCUCUACCUACAACGCACGCACGCUUGCAUCCGAGUCCUCGAUAGAAGAGUUGAUCAUGCAAGCAAGAACGAUAAGGUACGGCGUUACAGGCAUAGCCGAGAUGAGACGACGCCACCCAUUCGACGCCGUCUAUGACACUGGAGAACUGUUCCUCGGAACAUGCGAUAAUAGAGGAGUCGGCGGCGUCGGCGUUCCCGUCAGCACGAGUCAGUCCAUGAACAUCGAUUCAUUCGAACAGCUUACAACCCGAAUCGGACGUUCACGAGUAAAAAGACGUGGAUCAAUACCGGCUUUGAAAAUCUUCGUCGUUUACGCGCCGACAUCAAACUAUAACGAAGCAGAAGUCGAAGCGUUCUAUAUGAACUUGGAGAAGUUUUACAGAGAAGACCAAACAUUCUCCAAGGUCAUUAUUGGAGAUUUCAACGCCAAGAUUGGACCAAGAAAAACGUCUGAAGGACGUCACAUUGGAACCCACGGAUUAGAUUGGAACGAACAGGGUCGGAAAAUCAAUACGAUGAGCGACUUGGCUCCAGAGUUGAAAACGAGCGGCUUAGAGAGCUUUGAAGAGCAUCGAAGAUGA